GAGUAAUAGAAAACACUUUCGGAAUUAUGGUUAGCAGGUGGAGAAUUUUUAGGAAACCAAUCAUCAUGCCUGUAGAGCACAGCAUGCUCAUUGUUCAAGCAGCAGUAUGUUUACAUAAUUUUUUGAGAUUGUCAGACUUGAAUGAUGAAGAAGAUGUCAAAUAUAUAACGCCUGGUUCUAUUGAUUAUGAGAAUGAAAAUAAUGUACUAAUGUCAGGCUCUUGGAGAGCUGAACCCCAAAAUGGCACUGCUUUUGCAGAAAUAACUAGAUGUGGAAAUAACUCGAGUACCAAAGAGGCAUACGCAAUCAGAGAGAUAUUGAUUUUAAUAAUGAAGGAGCUUUAGAAUGGCAAGAAAAAUAUCUGUAACAACAAUCA